GUAAUACCCGUGUCUGAGAGUCUGCAUGUCAGGGAGAGCUGCUGCUCAUGGACACAGGCCCUGCACCAACAACUGAUUCACUAGGGCCAUGUCAGCAACAGCCUCAGUGAGAGUCUCUGCCUCCUUCUUGUCUUCUCUACAGAAACCCUACCCGGUUUUGUAUGAGGCUAUGAAUGUGCUUCAGACUUGGGCUCCCCAGAUGAAGGGUCUGAAGCUGGGACUAGUGCCAGGUCUUUCGUGUGUCAGGUUGGGGACCAUGUUGCUCUUGGGGAUGAUUUUUCUCCCAUGCAUAUACUGUGGCAUGGAAUCGGUGGAUUUUUCUUCCUAUGAAAUGGUCAUCCCCAAGAGGCUGACAGUCAAAGGAAGUGAAGACCCAGUGAAGAAGGCUUCCUAUUCGUUAUUUAUGCAGGGUCAGGAAGAGGUGAUUCAUCUAAAAGUGAAGACGGACGAUUUUAUGAAUAACUUCCCAGUCUACAGUUACCACAGUGGCAUCCUGCGUCAAGAAAUGCCUUAUAUCGCACAUGACUGCCACUAUGAAGGCUACAUAGAAGGAGUGCCAGGUUCUUUUGUGUCUGUCAACACCUGUGCAGGCCUCAGGGGCAUCCUGAUUAAGGAGGAAAAAUCCUAUGGCAUUAAACCCAUGAACUCUUCCAAACGGUUUGAACAUGUGUUAUACACCAUGGCACAUCAAGCUAGAGUCUCCUGUAGUGUCACUUCCAAAGACAACCAGGUGGUGUCCACCAGCCGGCAACAAGGGAGCAGGAAGCCUCAUAAUGUACAGGCACUGUCCUACUUGUGGUCGCACACCAAGUACGUGGAGAUGUUUGUCGUGGUCGACAACCAGCGGUUUCAGAUGUGGGGCAGUAACAUCAAUGAGACAGUCCAGAGAGUAGUGGACAUUAUUGCUCUGGCCAACAGCUUCACUAGGGGAAUAAACACAGAGGUGGUGCUGGCUGGAAUGGAGAUUUGGACCGAGGGGGACCUAAUAGAGGUCCCAGUGGAUCUGCAAGUUACACUCAGGAAUUUCAACAGCUGGAGACGAGAGAAUCUCUUCCAUCGUGUGAAGCAUGAUGUUGCCCACAUGAUCGUCGGGCAUCAUCCUGGGGAGAAUAUGGGCCAGGCAUUUCUCAAUGGUGCCUGUUCAAGCGGUUUUGCGGCAGCUGUUGAAUCCUUCCAUCAUGAAGACGUCCUUCUGUUUGCAGCGCUCAUGGUCCAUGAGCUCGGGCACAACCUGGGUAUUCGGCACGACCACUCGGCCUGCAUUUGUAAAGAUAAGCACCUUUGCCUCAUGCAUGAAAAUAUCACUAAAGAAAGUGGCUUCAGCAACUGCAGCUCUGACUCCUUUUACCAGUUCCUUCAUGAACACAAAGGGGACUGCCUAUUUAACAAGCCAUGGCACAAAGGCCGCAUGCUGAGGAGGGAUUCCAACUGUGGAAAUGGCGUGGUUGAUGAAAUGGAGCAGUGUGACUGUGGUUCUGACUGUAUGAAUCAUGCAUGCUGUGAUCAAAACUGUCAACUAAAGCCCACUGCACAGUGUAGUGAUGGCCCUUGCUGUUCUCACUGUAAAUUUCAACCUAAAGGACACACUUGCCGUCAUCCUAAGGAAUCAUGUGACCUCCCAGAAUAUUGUAAUGGUACGUCUUCUAUAUGUCCCGAUGACAGGUUUAAACAAGAUGCCACAGUGUGUCACGAACAGUACUAUUGUCUUCGUGGUCAUUGCUUGGAUCCUAGUAGUCAAUGUGUGCGUGUUUUUGGGUUUGGUGCAACUUCUGCCUCAGAAAAAUGUUACACUUUAAUGAACAGCAGAGGGGACCGAUUUGGAAACUGUGGCCUUCCCACUAGAGAUCAUCCAAAUUAUAUUAAGUGUACAAAUGACCAUAUAAUGUGUGGGAAACUUAUAUGUACAAGUAUUAGUAAGUUACCAGAAAUAAAACUCCACCACACAAUGAUCCAGGUCCCUGAUGAAGAUUCCUUCUGCUUUAGCAUGGAUGCCUAUAGUAAUAAUACUGAUAUUCCUGAUGAAGGAGAUGUUCAGGAUGGCACUUCUUGUGCCGAACACAAAGUCUGCAAGAAAUUUUUCUGCAUUAUUCCCCCUACAAACGUCCUUCCCUGCAAUUCAGUGGAUCUGUGUAAUGGGAAUGGAAUUUGCAAUGAUUUAGGGCACUGCCACUGUAAUUUUGGCUUUGCCCCCCCUGACUGCAAAAAUCCAGGAAUUGGGGGUAGUAUAGACAGUGGCCCUGCCUCUACGCCAGGUGAUGGACCUCCAGCAGAAGAAGGAAGUGGAAAUGCUACCAAUCACAAACAAGAAGAAUUAGAUGUAGACUUGACAAUAUUAUCUGUCCUUAUAUUUUUUAUACUACUAUUAAUAGGCUUAAUUAUUUGCUCUUUGUGCCUUUGUAAACGUUCACCACCAGCAGAAGGUCCUCCAGAGACCACAGAAAAGGCCACAGAACCAGUCUCAGUAGAGGCCUCUGAAGCCGCAGAAGAAGAGGAAGAAGAGGAGGAAGAAGAGGAAGAGGAAGAGGAAGAAGAAGAGGAAGAAGAGGAAGAACCAGAAGAAUAA